UACAAUGCCCACUUGUCUCCUUCCCCGGAUCACUGCUCCACUCGAAGACCAGCGGAUCACAUGCUCUUCAUCCAUAAUCCCACCAUACCUACCAGGACUGAGGAUGUUUACCGCUCCGCUGCAGACAAUCCCUUUUCCAUCAUCUUCUAUGGUUUCCCAUUGACCGCUGCUCUGUUCUUUUUUCUCAUCACUACUUCAUCUCUUCGCCUUUUUCCACUCAGUCCCAGCUAAAUUGCUCCUCUGUUUCAUCUCUCUCUCUCUCUCUUUUUUUAAUUAGAUUUGCAGCUUGUCAACACACUUUCUUAACACUUUGUUUUCGUUUUCGACUUUUGUGUAUCGGAUUUUUUCUUUCAAUCAAACAUAAAUCAGAUUGUAGAUUUUUUUCGGUUGUUAAUCCACUUACUGACAGAUUAUUGAUCUGGGUCGUGCUCGGUUUCCUCAUUUUCUUUUGAAUGCCAAAGCUCGUGGAAGCUGAAGAUGGAUCUGAGACCGACCCUGAUGCAUUCAAGAUCCGUAUAGUUCAUUUCUGCCAACAACAUUUCGCAAUACUCAUUAACCGGUCGGGUCAUUUCGUCGCCCCAAUGAAACGAUCGCUCCGACCCUUCUUCAGCAUUUUGCUGCUCGUUGUCUUCGUCGCCACGCUUGUUUUCAGGAUUGCCAUUCUCCGGAGCUUCAGCUUCGUGUCUGAGCUGGAAGGGGACGUAUUGGUCCCGCUAUCGGCACCAGUCUUCAAUGCUACUUUGCUGAAAUACGCGGCAGUCGACAUAGGAGAAGCCAAGUUGAAGCAAGAGAUAGAACAGUUACUGGAAGGGAGCUUAGCGAGUCAGGGACGGCACCGGACUUUCUCAUCAUGGAGAAGAUUCAAUCACCAUGACCCAAGAGCUAAGUCCUCUUCUGGUUUACAGGUAAUGCUUCGGUCCCCGAAGUUCUAUCGGUACUGGUUAGAUUUUAGGAGGAAUUUGCAUGAUUGGGCUCGAAAGAAAAUAUUUCAACCUGAUAUAAUGAUGAACUUAGUUAGGCAAGUGAAGCAUCCCAUUGAUAGGCACAAUGGGCUGGUAAAGGGUCUGGACCAGCGAUACUCGUCAUGUGCCGUGGUGGGGAAUAGUGGGAUUUUGUUGAAUAGUGAAUAUGGAGGGUUAAUUGAUAGUCAUGAAAUGGUAAUUCGAUUGAACAAUGCUAGAACUGAUAGAUUUGAACGAAAUGUGGGCUCAAAAACUAGUCUUUCUUUUGUAAAUAGCAAUAUAUUGCAUAUGUGUGGUAGGAGAGAAGGUUGCUUUUGCCACCCGUAUGGGAAGAAUGUGCCUAUGAUCAUGUACAUUUGCCAGCCAGUGCAUUUCUUGGAUUAUACGGUUUGCAAUUUGUCCCAUGAUGCGCCUUUGCUUAUCACAGAUCCAAGGUUCGAUUUGUUAUGUGCUAGGAUUGUGAAGUAUUACUCUUUGAAACGGUUUGCAGAGGAGACAGGAAAGUCCUUGGACGAAUGGGAAUCUAGUCAUGAAGGCGCCAUGUUCCAUUACUCUUCUGGGAUGCAAGCUGUUAUGCUAGCUUUGGGAAUUUGUGACAAAGUUAGCAUGUUUGGAUUUGGGAAGUUGGCUUCAGCUAAGCAUCAUUAUCAUACCAAUCAAAAGGCUGAGCUCACUUUACAUGAUUAUGAGGCCGAAUAUGCCUUCUACUGGGAUUUGGUGAGCAACCGACAUGCUGUGCCAUUCAUUUCUGACAAGUUCAACAUUCCUCCUCUGGUAAUUUAUUCGUGAAGAUCUUUUCUUAUACAUUUUUGCUUGAACUUGCUGUAUGCUUGUUGUACCUGUAGUCUUCCUCUAGAAAGUUUAAGGAACACCAGUUGUUAGAUGCAUUUGUUUCUUGUCUAGCCUUGUACUAUCAAAGAUGGUUUGAAGCAAUACAGAAUGUAAAGCUGGAACUAAAAGUAUUCUUUGGGCCUUUACUUGAAUUGAACUGAACUUCUUUUUCAUUUUCUUUGAAA